UGCUUGCCUGCCUGCAAGCAGAGUCUGGACAGGACUCUCCAGUGCGCCCUAUGCCCAGGAGGGGCGGGGUGGGUGGCAGAGUAUGGACAGAAGAGGAGAGGGAGAGAAGAGAGAGGAGGGCAGGACUGGCAGGGUGCGGUCUGAAGUGGCAACAGAUCGCUUUGGAUCAGUCAAAUCCCUUCAAUUCAACUGGAAAGCUGCAGCUUGUUGCACGCCGGCCGCAGAUGGAGAGGAGACGCUUUCAAGAAAGGACCAAACAAACAGCGGGCAAGAGUGGCUGUUGUUGUGACAUUUUCCCAGAGCAAAAGAAAGAGAGGGAGAGAAACCACAACACUGCAACUUGAGUAUCAGUCACCGCUCUCUCUCUCUCUCUUUCUCUCUCUCUGUAACUCUCUCACCCACCAUAUCGACUUUGAACCUGUUUGUUUAAAUACACGGACUUUACCGCCUACACACUUACUGUUGAUUCUGCAAGGCGGAGGGAGCGGAGUUUCUCAAUUUGGGUCAACUUUUUGGAGUUGUUACAACUUGUUUGGUGUCCUCAUGGUGCCUGGAGCUGCCUGGAGUGAGCUUCUUUUCUCCGAGUUUCUCGGACGUGAUGUUGCGACAGUCACGAACGAUGGAGUCUGGAACUGAGCCGGGGAGGUACUGAAGACAUCUCUCUCCCCCGGGAGAGUCCUCCCUCCCCCCGGGGCGAUGCGGAUCUCCUUCCUCCUUCUCACCGCCUCUCUGUGUGCCUUGGUCCUCCUCCUCGCACCUGCCUCGGAGGGCUGCGGGCCGGGGAGGGGGUACGGCAAGAGGCGGCUUCCGAAGAAGCUCAUCCCGCUUGCCUACAAGCAAUUCAGCCCUAACGUCGCCGAGAAGACAUUGGGAGCCAGCGGGAGACCCGAGGGCAAAAUAACGCGCAACUCCGAGCGCUUUAAAGAACUGACGCCGAAUUAUAACACAGAUAUUAUUUUCAAAGAUGAGGAGGACACCGGCGCCGACAGGCUCAUGACCCAGCGUUGUAAAGACAAGUUAAACUCUCUGGCCAUCUCUGUAAUGAACAUGUGGCCAGGUGUUAAGUUGAGAGUGACCGAGGGUUGGGAUGAGGAUGGUCAUCAUUCAGAGGACUCACUGCACUAUGAGGGGCGUGCUGUCGACAUCACCACCUCAGACAGGGACAGAAAUAAGUACGCCAUGUUGGCCCGGCUGGCUGUAGAAGCGGGAUUUGACUGGGUCUACUAUGAGUCCAAAGCCCACAUUCACUGUAGCGUCAAGUCAGAACAUUCUGUGGCAGCCAAAACCGGUGGCUGUUUCCCUGGUAAUGCUGAGGUUAUCCUUGAGGGCGGGGCUACUAAAAAGAUGCGAGAGCUUCAUCCUGGCGAUCAAGUCUUGGCCUCUUCAACAAAAGAUGGUCACGGACCCCUUCUCUACAGCCCGGUCUUAUCCUUUCUGGACCACCAGCCCAACAUCACAAAGAUCUUCUACAUCAUUGGCACCAACACAGGACUUAAUAUUACUCUCACAGCUGCUCACUUGAUCUUUGUCACAGUCUGCACUGGUGGGCUGAGUGAGUCAAAGUGGGAGGAGACAGCCGAAGAGCAACUUUUGGGUUCCACACGGGAGGGCAGGCCUAGCUGGGAAGCAGGUCUGAGGACAGUUUUUGCCAGUGAGGUCCGGCCAGGACAGUGCCUACUUACGUCACAAGGGAAUACAGGGUUACGGGCAACACUUUCAAUUGUGACCUUUGUAGAAGAAAAGAGGAGCACCGGGCUGUAUGCCCCACUAACACAGCAUGGCUCUAUAGUGGUAAACGGUGUGCUGGCAUCCUGCUAUGCUGCUGUGGACAAUCACCAUUUGGCCCACUGGGUCCUAGCCCCACUGAGGUUCUUCUACAGCCUGAUGGGACCCUUAGAGCUGCAGACCGACGGCCUGCACUGGUACCCUUGGCUUCUACAGAGGCUGGGGCAAAUGCUGUUGGAUGCUGGACAUUUCCACCCCUGGGGGAUCGAGCAAGGACAUAGGCAGGAGCCACAGAGACUUGUUUCACACUGAUGACUAUAUUCACCUACUUGUAUUCAGGAGCACCAAAGCACAGAUCAAGGGACCACCAAAGACAUUUGAUUUUAUACUGAAGAUCUGUUUUUACUUUACUUGCCUGCAUUUGCUGUAGUUCAACAAACUCCUUUUUGUAGCACAUGUGAAACUGUGCAAAAGACAAAGAGAAGACACUGGGAGCAUUAGUUUUAUGCUUUUGGUAAUUUCAAUUAUAUUCCUUCCAGAAGAUUUAGAGGACUAAAAAGACAACCAAAGACAUUUCUGUCAGUGUUUGACAGGAUAUUAAACUAAAUGAAAACAGAAGUAUUUACAUAAGUAUCUCCCAUGUCAAUUUAAGAGUUGAAGGUCUAUGCCAAUAUUUGCGGUUCCAUUCAGAGCACCUCAGAGAUAAAAAAAAAACAGGGACUGUGGUUUGAAACGAUAUCUUUCAUUUAAAAAAAAUAAAAAAGUAGGAAGAAAGACAACCACAUUUCAUCAUUCUUUGUACUGUAAUUACUGUAAUCUGUCAACAUUUGUGCAGCCUGAGAUCACGCUGGGGCUUACUGAUAUAGGUAGAGGAAGUUUAAACAUACAGGGACACCUUUCGUGACACAUUUUGGGAGCAGCAAGUUUUAGAGAAAGGGUUAAGGUGAAAAGGAAACUUUUGAGGAGAAAGAAGAAAAGGCAGAAAAGCAUGGAGAAAACUAGUGACUAAACUUGGUGGGAUUUCAAGCUCUGUAUGUACAAAAGGUAUUUAUACAGUUAAGUAAUGUUAAAAAAGAAAGAAAGACAACAAAUCAGUAGCAAUUUGUUAGUGUUGCAUUAUAGCUUUGCAUCUGAAAAGGGCUUUGAAAUGAUGAUGGACACUGUGUGAGUACUUAAGUACUGUUGCAAAACAGCUGCAUGGGGUUUUAACAGCCACACUGUCAAUCUGUUUAAAAAAGUACGUCAUACUCUUUCACUUAACUUGAUUGUCUCAGACUGGUUCAAAUAUAAUGAACAUCUUCAUGUUUUUAUCAGUUACUUUAUUUAAAAGGUGUAUUUUUUGUAUUUUGCAUUGUUUCAGGUUUUCAAUUUUCAGGUCAGUAGUAUCUAGUUAAGGUUUACACACAUUUAGCUAUACACAACACUCAGGCUGUAUUCAACUACUGUAUUAAGCACCAGCUAUGCAUCUUAUUAAUUAACAGAUAGCAAAUCUCUUUAUCUUGAAUAGUAAGUUAAUUAAUAGCUGUCCUUUGCAUGGUCUUUUUUGUAUUCCAUCUAUGACCCAAGACUUAAGACCUAGAUUUAAAGAGGUACAGACGUUUUCAUUUUUUAACACUCUGGGAAGCAAUUGUGAUAGAUGGCUAAUUGCAUAUGGAUAAACGUGCAGUUGAUGUUGCCCAAAGUGUUCUUCUAGUCGUCACUGUAGACUCAAACUUUGCAAGUAUCUAGAAACUCCAAGGCAUUAUUCUAUAUGCCUUCUUAAAUAUUUGUCACAUAUGUAUAUUAAGCUAUUGUUAGAGAGACUAUUUAAAGAUCUAUUUUUAGAAAAUAAUGUAAACUAUUGUUAUUUUCGUCAACUCUGUGCAUACAAUGUAUAUUUGAAACAUAAAGUUGUUGUUUUUAAA